AUCAACUCCCUGAUGCUGGGGAAGACCCUCCAUCACCAAAGAUGCUGCCUGCCCAUCGGGCUGUGUGCCGGCAUCGCCCCCAUCAACAUCCCCGCCAUGAUCCCUCUGUGGAUGUUGCCCAUUGGCAUGGCGUGUGGCAACACCUACCUGCUGAAGCCCUCAGAGCGGGUGCCAGCCUGCAUCAUGCUCUUGGCCAAGAUGCUGCAGGAUGCUGGGAUGCUAUAUGGGACCCUGAACAUCAUCCAUGGCAGGCAGGACGCUGUAUACCUUAUGUGAUCAUCCAGCCAUCAGCUUUGUGGGCUCCAACCAAGCUGGAGAGGACAUCUAUGAGAGGGGAUCCAAAAAUGGC